AUGAACGCUCACAUACCGAAAAUUUUACGGAUACACAUGGUAGUUUUCAAAAUAGCCGGUUACUGUGGCCUGUCGCUAAAUGAUAAUUUGAAACGCCGUGUGAUCAUAGAAAACUGGCUUACUUUGUGGUCAUCUUUAUUACUUGUCGCCUUCAAUAUUGCGACACUUGUGACGCUGAAAAAUGAUGAUGAGUUUCUUUUUUCCAAUGAUGAAUUUGGCUAUUUUAACGACAUACUUAAAGUGGUCUUUGCCGAUAUUGCUGUAACAAUCUCAUAUUUGGAAUCAAUCUUGAAACGUUCUGAGUUACGUAAAUUUUGGACAAUUUAUGGCUGUCUGCAAAAACAGUCAGAUGAUGAGAGAAAUUAUAUAUCUGUAAAAGAAUUGUGGGAAAACCGACGUUUUCUGGGAAUUUUCUAUACAUACAUUAUUUUAGAAUUCGUAGUUACGAUUUUGUUUGUCAUCUUGCAACCAAUGUCACGACAUGUGUUUCUAUUCAAUCUGGUUUUUACGCCCUUCAUCUGUGCUGUGCACUUGCGUAACAUGCAAUAUAUCUUCUAUAUCGAGAUAUUACGUUUGGAGUUGGUAAAAUUGCAGCAGGAUUUAAAUUUAAUGGUCGAUUAUACACGUUUCGUGGCUUAUGGUUGUGGUUUUAAGGGAUUUGAGAAUUUUCUGCGUAAAAAAUUACUGGAGAAGCAAAAACAUUACCAAAUGAUAUAUGAAAUGUUUGAAAACUUUCAAAACGGUUUUGGAUUUUCUAUAACUGCGGUGAUUUUAAUGAUUUAUGUUCGUGUUUUGGUGGAUGCAUACUUUAGUUACUAUACGUUUUACCGAGAUUGGAAUAAAACUGGUAUGUUGACUGGUUUUUCUUUUGGGGAAUAA